CCAUACUCACACAUUUACAAGCAACUACUUGCAUUCCAACCAAAUCACCCACUCUCACCCAAAGAUGAUGUUCCAAAUCAAGUUGACCGUCAUGGCAUUGGCCGCCGUGUUCCUGCUGGCAGGACAGGCAAACGCUCUCGCAGAUAACGAUGUCGACGCGUGCAACGGUUCCAACCACUACGGUGUCGGACACUCUUGCGCCUUCAAGACUAGCAGUGGCAAAGCCGAAGGCACUUGCCAGCUUGACAGCGACAAAGUGCUCGUUUGUGUCACCAACUGACGUAGCAGCAUCACGGAGCUUGAUGGAGAGCUGAAUAGUCCGUAAUAGUUUUUUUGCGUAGCCUUGACCAAUUUCAUGCGUGUUGUUCAAGCCACUUCAAAUUCGUGACAUUGCGUACUGCAUAGCAAGCGUUGAGCUGCGACUGGACCAUUACGGCCAACCAUUAGGAAGAAGCCCUCGUAUCAGUGGACGCUCACUUAC